AUGGACGACGGGGACCUGGAUUUCUCCAACCCGGACACGUACCUGUGCCCGGCGCUCGGCACCGACCCGCCCAGCAGCUGCUCCAUGGACAGCUACUUCGACGAGAUCCUCAAGGACCACGCCUGCACGCACACCCACACCUGCAACCCGCCGGUGCACGACCUCUCGCACACCCACACCUGCGUCCACGUCCACACCAAGAUCGUCGCCGCCUCGCCCGGCGACGGCGCCGAGACCGCCGAGUCGCCGUCUGAGAACAACAACACCACCGGCAACAGCAACGCCGCCUCCAAGAAGCGCCCCUCGGGGAACCGCGCCGCCGUCAGGAAGUACCGUGAGAAGAAGAAGGCCCACACCACGUCGCUGGAGGAGGAGGUGGUCCACCUCCGGGCGCUCAACCAGCAGCUCAUGAAGAAGCUCCAGAGCCACGCCGCGCUCGAGGCCGAGGUGGCCAGGCUUCGCUGCCUGCUCGUCGACAUCAGGGGUAGGAUCGAGGGGGAGAUUGGCGCGUUUCCCUAUCAGAGGCCGGCGGCGGAGGUCAAGAACGUCGACCUCGUGUCUAGUGUUGACCAGGGAAGCUUCCUCGGUGGUGCUGCGGUCCAUGUUACCAACGCCUGCGAUUUCAGAUGCAACGAUCAGAUGUAUUGCAACCCUGGGAUGCAGGGCGCUAUCAGUAGUCAGGUGUUGGGACAAGGCGCCUGUGAUGUUGCGAGUAUCCAAUGCAUUGGAAGCAUCAAGUCUGGAUCCACUAAGCCAGUAUCUGCUGUCUGCUUUCCAAAUGUUGAAAAGAAGUGA